UUCUAUGACGUUCCCGAGAAAAUUUUAUGUGACUGUCGUUAGUGCACAAGUAAUGUCGUUUAGAGAACUCUGGCGAUAUUCAUUAGCUAGACCUAUUAUUUCUGAACACAUUCCCAAUAUAUUUACCAAUGUACUUGGUGUAAGUCAUGGUGGCAUGACAUGGAAAACCUAUAAGCAAUUAUCAGGAAAUCAUAUAGAACAAAAUGCCUGGAAUAGCAUCUCUGACAAAGUUUCCAAAGCAGUAGCCGGAAAUGAAAUAAUUGCAAACCCUUUCUUGUCGUUCCUCGAUGCACCAUGCGAACCGGGAUUACUGAUCUUUCAUCUCGACCGAACAUUUAAAGAAUGGAUGAAAAGAGAGUCAACGCCUGCAAUAGCUUCGGAACUCAUUUGGGAUUUCUAUCCCCGAUGGGCAGGCGCAGAACAAGUUAAAUCGAUGGAAACAGAAAUAUGCGAUGAAGAUCCAAACUUUCGGUUUCAUCAUGAGAGUUCAUUAAAACCGCGGGAAAAUGGAAAAGAAAAAAAGAUCAUCAUAGAUGCGUUUGGAAAAACAGUAAAACAGUUGAAAGAUGUUCAAGAUAUGAAAAACAGAAUCAUCAACAUGGAACUAUUCGAAGACUCCAUCUUUGACGACGUAUACGUCUAUGUAGUAGACAAAGUGUACUAUGUAGAUAGAUUUGAACUGAAGAUAUUAAUCGACGGCGAGGUCAAAUCCAGUCGAUCUGAGACAAGCAGGUUCCCAGUCGGCUUCACAGUGAGGAGAGUUAGAAUUGGAUGGAACGAUUUUGAAGCCAGAUGUAUAAAAAGAGUGUCUAAAAAAUCUUUUACAAAAAUGAGCGUGUCGUGGAUCCAAAGAUCAAGGUUUUGGUAUUACUUCAGACAGGGGAUUGCAAAUUGUGAAAAAUAUGGUAGUGGUGCAGGAGAUUAUCCAAGGAUUACCAGUCUACUAGACCACUUUAACAUACCAAACUUCGGAGUACAAGAACGAGAUCAUGACGAGAUCGGAUAA